AGUUGUUUAGUUGUUAUUAAACAGUAGACGUGACUGUGUGGUAAGAAGCUUGCUUCCCAACCAUAUGGUUCCUGAUUUUCUCAUACUGCGUGGCACUUUGGAGAAGCGUCUUCUACUAAAGCCGACCAAAGCCUUGUGGGUGGAUUUGGUACAUGGAAACUGAAAGAAGCCCAUUGUGUGUGUGUGUGUGUGUGUGUGUGUUUGUCCCCCACCACCGCUUGACAUCCGGUGUUGGUGCAUUUAUAUCUUCGUAACUUAGCGGUUCAGUAAAAGAGACCAAUAGAAUAAGUACGAGGCUUUAGAAACAAAGUACUGAGGUGGAUUCAUUCGAUUAAAAAUUCUUCAAAGAGGUGUCCCAGCAUGGCCGCAGUCUCAUGACUGAAACAAGUAAAAGAUAUAGAUACAGUUUAAUACAGAGGUAGCAUAUCUCUUUAUAAGCUUUAAUUACCACUUCCGUUACUGUUUGAUACAAAAUCUUGCAACAAAGGUAAUUAAAGGGUUGGAAAUCAUAACAUUUGGUGCAAAUUUAGAGCUCCUUUUAUGCAUCACAAGUAAUACUACUUGAAUUUUUAGAAAUAUUUUCCGUGUAACCGUUAAAUUAGAAGUAAAUAUUUUAAACAGCUGUACUUGUGUAAACAUUCUCGCCCGAGGCUGUCUUAAUAGCAAUGUACUGGAUCCUAACGUAUUUAUUGAUAGUAAGACAUAUUAUACAUAGAUCCGAACUGAGCCCUUAGACCCGUAGGCCUCCUGAGCAACUGCCCAGUGUGUCCAUACCUUAAGGCGGAGCUGCUCUCCACAUAAAUAAUUUACCUUCUCACUCGACCACAUCCUGCGUUCCUUCUCUGUUGCGACUUUCGGCAUUUUUAUGUGACUUUUCAAACAUAGCAACAUUAAGGCCCAACUCAAUGAAUGUUAUGCUUAACUGGACUCACCAGCUUACAUGACAGCCGUGAAAGAUUUCUUUGUCAAUUGUUUUUCACAGUUUUUUUUUAUCUUCGCAACAGAAAAUAUUAACAAUCACAUUGCCAAAUAUUUGACUCCACACAAAAGAAUUUACUCUCAUUCGAUGCUGCAGCUGCGGGAUGGAAGCGGCCUCGUGGCAGGCCCCGUACUAGAUGACUGGACGUGAUUGGGCAAGAUCUCCAAAGACUCGACGUCAUGCAGAGGGGCUGGCACAAGACCGCUAACAGUGGAGAGCACUGGUAGACCUGGUCGGCUCUACGCAUAAUGACGUCUUUGGGGCCGCUAAUCUGAGAUGACCCCAGCCCUAUCAAGCAGGACCAUGAAGCAAGCAAAACAGCAAGCACAUUAUCAAGACUACAAUCCAGAUUGCGCGAGCGAAGGAGGAAGAGGAGAAAAAGAAGAAGAAAUCGAGCAAAAUCACAAAGAAGGAAAAGGCAUAUUGCCAGAAUGCGACAGGUGCCUGGCGUUUCACCGGCUGAUGUCUACUGGGGGAUUUCACAAGAAUUAUCAGAGUGGCAGGACGAAAAAUGCAGCAGAUUUUGCCAUGAUGCUUCAAAUUGGCAAGAUGGACGAGCUGCUUCCGAAACAUGUCCAAUUCACAAUAUUUUCUGGCGACAAAGGGUUUCAAGAAGCUCUUCAUCAAAUGAAGGAUUCAAGAAGAAUGAUAAGAAUAAUUAAUCCACACGUUCCUGGCUGGCAAGCAAGACUUCAUAAUAUUUUGAACAGGACCAUUCCUUGAAUCCGAUGGCACAGGCCCAAGAAACUUACUAUAUCGGCACCAAAUACCUACGGGUUUUUUCAUGAUUUCUCAGCCUUCAUUAUUUUCAUUUUCAAAAGGUUAAAAAAACAGAACCCAC